AUGUUGGUGAGCAGAGUCGGCCUGCGGGCUGCUCUAAGACCAUGCACUGCUUCUACACGUAGGCCGACGCCUGCACUACAUAUACAAGCUUCAUGGCAUGCGAAGCGUGUGUUCGCGAAUACACCUCGGCACAGGAAGGACAAUGCCAGAGCAACGACAGCACAGAAGGAGCCACAGAACCAGAGUGAGCCCACAGAAGACAGAGUCGGACCACCAGAAGCUGUUGUGAAAGAAGCAAAGCAAGAAGAGGAGGCCAACGUGCAGAAGGCAACCAAGCCCGCUGUCAAGGCUGAUCCGCUGCUUGCCGAGCAGACUGUCUCGAACAAGGAGCAGAGGAAGGCGGACUGGGCCAUCAUAAAGGAUAUGACCAAGUACUUGUGGCCCAAGAAUGAUUUCAGCACCAAGAUGAGGGUUGGCCUCAGUGUUGGCUUGCUCGUAGGCGCCAAGGUCCUCAACGUGCAAGUACCAUUCUACUUCAAAAGCAUUGUUGAUUCCAUGAACAUCGAUUUCGCUGCUGUUGGAGGCACGGCCAUGACUGUUGCUGGCGCUGCCAUCUUUGCAUAUGGAGCGACGAGGAUAGGUGCAACAGUGUUCCAAGAAUUUCGAAACGCCGUUUUUGCCACCGUCUCGCAGAAAUCAAUUCGCAAAGUCGCUGGAAAUGUCUUCGAACAUCUCCUGAAGCUGGACCUCAACUUCCAUCUCUCGAGACAGACAGGAGGUCUCACCAGAGCUAUUGAUCGUGGUACCAAGGGCAUCAGCUUCCUGCUGACGAGCAUGGUCUUCCACAUCAUACCGACGGCUCUUGAAAUCAGUCUGGUCUCGGGCAUCCUGACCUACAACUAUGGCUGGAAGUUCGCAGCUCUCACCGUGGGCACAAUGGCCGCCUACUCUUGGUUCACCAUCGCCACUACCGCUUGGAGAACCAGAUUCCGCAAGCAGGCCAAUGCUGCCGACAACAAAGGUGCGACUGUCGCAGUAGACAGCCUGAUCAAUUACGAAGCUGUCAAAUACUUCAAUAAUGAGGCUUACGAGGCCAAGCGAUACGAUGGAGCACUGAAAAACUACCAAGAUGCCAGCAUCAAAGUUGCUACAUCUUUAGCGUAUCUGAACAGUGGUCAGAAUCUUAUCUUCUCCACGGCUCUGACCGGCAUGAUGUACAUGGCCGCUCAAGGGGUGGCCGGCGCGAACUUGACCGUCGGAGAUCUGGUCAUGGUCAAUCAGCUCGUCUUCCAGCUGUCCGUUCCACUCAACUUUCUGGGCAGCGUUUACCGCGAGCUCCGACAAUCGCUGUUAGAUAUGGAGACUCUCUUCAAUCUGCAGAAGGUGAACGUGCAGGUGAAGGAGGCGCCGAAUGCCAAGCCUCUUCUCCUCAACAAGGGCGGGGAGAUCAAGUUUGAAAAUGUGUCAUUUGGAUACCGUGCCGACAGACCCAUCUUAAAGAAGCUCGACUUGACAAUCCCCGCGGGUAAGAAGGUCGCCAUCGUGGGACCGUCAGGUUGUGGUAAGUCGACAAUCCUACGUCUGCUGUUCCGAUUCUACGAUGUGGAAUCAGGCCGAAUCACAAUCGAUGGUCAGGACAUCCGAGAAGUAUCUCUCGAAUCUCUCCGAAAGAGCAUUGGAGUCGUGCCUCAAGACACAACUCUCUUUAACGACACGAUCGAGCACAACAUCCGCUAUGGAAAAAUCACAUGCACGCAUGAAGAACUCAUCGCCGCAGCAAAACGUGCUCGCAUCCACGACAUCAUCGAGUCAUUACCCGAUGGCUACAAGACCAUGGUCGGUGAGCGAGGAAUGAUGAUUAGCGGAGGGGAGAAACAGCGACUAGCUGUCAGUCGUCUCAUCCUCAAAGACGCGCCUCUACUGUUCUUCGAUGAAGCGACCUCUGCACUCGACACGCAUACCGAGCAAACUCUCUUGCACAACAUCAAUUCCAUCUUGAAGGACAAGGCAAGGACGAGUGUCUUCAUCGCUCAUCGUCUCCGAACGAUCUAUGACAGUGAUGAAAUUAUCGUCUUGAAGGAUGGGAAAGUCGCAGAGCAGGGCACGCAUGACAAGCUCAUUCAUCAUGAUGGCAUCUAUUCGGAGCUUUGGAGCGCUCAGGAGAUGGCUUUUACUGAGGAGACGGAGGUCGUGGACCAGGCGAGGGUUGGGGAGAGGAAGUAAAUUAUGUCGAUGAUUUGGAAAUCAGAGGUCAAAUCAUUUCAUGUUCUGUAGAGGUCAUUUCGCUUUUUGAGCAUGACUCGCGUAAGAAAGCUUAAAUUUAUGGACAGUUCAGUCCAUAUGCAA